AUGGAAAGCAGAGAGGAGAUGGUGAUGCUGGCGGAGGGAGGUCAGCUUGGCAAGAGCGGCUCUAAUUUGUCGGAAGGGAGCCCCAUGCGAGAGUCGCAGGGGAAGCCGGGCCACAGGAGCUGUCUGAGCCCCGGAGCUGUGCCCUACUCCCGGGACAGGACGGAGGUGGUGGUGGAGGAGAGCGCACGAAGGAAUAUGUGCGCCGAUAUGAGGCCACUUGGCACGUCCUCCUCCGGGGAGAGGCACCGGAUUGAUCACCCCCAUAAAGACGGCAGCAGCUCAGACACCGAGUCCGACUUCUACGAGGAAAUUGAUGUCAGCUGCACGCCUGAAAGCAUGGACUACCCCACAUCUAAAGGUCGAGAUGGGGAUUCUCCAGGUCAUUCCAGUGAGACUGGUGCUGACCCGGGUAAGGCCAUGCCGGGUCAGGGUUCUCUGUCUGGCUACUCUGCGGACCAAAUUCGCCGGUACCGGACAGCGUUCACCAGAGAGCAGAUCGCACGGCUGGAGAAGGAAUUUUACCGGGAGAACUAUGUGUCCAGGCCGAGAAGAUGCGAACUGGCGGCCGCCUUAAAUCUACCUGAAACCACCAUCAAAGUGUGGUUUCAGAACCGCAGGAUGAAAGACAAGCGCCAGCGUCUGGCCAUGACGUGGCCUCACCCCGCUGACCCGGCCUUCUACACCUACAUGAUGAGCCACGCUGCGGCCACGGGGAACCUGCCCUACCCCUUUCCGUCCCACCUGCCGCUACCCUACUACUCCCACCUGGGCGUCGGUGCUGGCUCGGCACCUGCCGCUACCCCUUUCUCCAACCCCCUGCGGUCUCUCGACAGUUUCCGGAUGCUGUCUCACCCAUACCAGAGGCCGGAACUCCUAUGCGCCUUCAGACAUCCAUCCCUGUACCCGGGUCCUACCCACGGGCUCGGUCCUGGAGGAAGCCCCUGCUCCUGCCUGGCCUGCCACUCCAGUCAAUCCAACGGCAUCUCAUCGAGGCCUUCCGGCUCGGACUUCGCUUGCUCCCCAACAAGCAGAACUGAUGCCUUUGUCACUUUCACGCCUUCAGUGCUCAGCAAAUCCUCAUCUGUGACAUUAGACCAGAGGGAAGAAGUGCCCCUGACCAGAUAA